AUGGCAUUGCGCCGGGCCAGUGCCCAGCUCUGGGGACGGUGCCUUGCCGUGCAGCGGGCCGAGUUCCCCGGGGCAGCAGCACAGAGGGUCUUCACCACCUCAUCCAGCUCACACACAUCCAUCCACAUCGAGGAGGAGGUUUACAAUAGGCAGCGUCAGCUCAUCCCCCUGGGCAACCGAGUCCCUUCCCUGGCACCGGACGCCUGGGUGGCCCCCAGCGCGGUGGUCAUCGGCGACGUGGAUCUAUACGACCAGGCUUCCAUCUGGUAUGGCGCCGUCCUGCGCGGCGACCUGAACACCAUCAAGGUCGGCGCGUUCUCCAACGUCCAGGACCGCACCGUCAUCCAUGCCGCCAGCUCCUCCCCCACCGGCCUCCCCGCCGCGACAACCAUCGGGCACUACGUGACGGUGGGCCAGGGCUGCCUGCUGCGCAGUGUGACGCUGGAGGACCAGGUGGUUGUGGGCGACCGCUGCGUGCUGCUGGAGGGCAGCCUGGUGGAACGGCAGAGCGUGCUGGCCCCCGGCAGCGUGCUGCCCCCCGGCCGCCGCGUCCCUGCCGGCGAGCUCUGGGCGGGCAACCCCGCGCGUUUCGUGCGCAAGCUGAGCCGGGACGAGGCAGCGGGCAUAGUGCCGCUGGCCAACUCGAUGGCCCCUGCCGUGGACCAGCACGCCUCCGAGUUCACCCCCGUCUCCUUCGCCUACGCCGAGGCCGAGGCCCUGCGCGCCAUCCUGAAGCCCGGCGCCGCGCUGGCGGACGCCGCCGCCCUGGGCGACGGCAGCGCCAUCCCGCCCCAGCCGCUCCCGGCGCCGCACAAGGACUGA